AUGGCUGCUUGGUGGAGAACGCUCGUGCUGGUCGCAGCCGCCGCCGCGGACCGCCAGGUCGCUUCCAUCGGCGCCUAUCCGGGUUACGCCGGCGACCUCGCAGUCUCGGGCGUCGUCGUCGUCUCCGAGACGGACGGCGGCAUCGAGAUGACGGGUACGCUGACGGGCCUCGAGGCGUCCGUCACCGGCGGCUACCACAUCCACAGCGGCACGACCUGCGCGAGCGCCGACGACGUCGGCGGUCACUACUUCGAGGGCAUGGCCGACGAUCCGUGGACGACGAACUACGAGAGCGAUUCCGUGGGCGUGUCGCAGACGAGCCUCUCGCUCGACGACUUCACCCUCGACGGCGCCUACCCCGUCGCGGGCCGCGCGGUGGUCAUCCACGCCGCCGACGGCACGCGCAUCGGCUGCGGCGUCCUGGAGGACGCGGUCUACGCCUCAAUCGGGCCGUAUCCGGGCUACGCGAUGAUGCAGAGCGCGACGCUGGGGCCCUACCCGGGCUACGACGGCGACCUCGCCGUGGCGGGGUCCGUGAUGGUCAUGCAGACGGACGCGGGAAUCGAGCUCACGGGCACGCUCGGCGGGCUCGAGGCCUCGGCGACGGGCGGCUUCCACAUCCACUCCGGCACGACCUGCGCGAGCGCCGACGACGUCGGGGGCCACUACUUCGAGGGCAUGGCCGACGAUCCGUGGACGACGAACUACGACAGCGACGCCUCGGGGGACGCGUCCGUGUCCCUCGCGCUCGACAACUUCACGAUCUCCGGCGCCUACCCCGUCGCGGGCCGCGCCGUCGUCGUCCACGCCGAGGACGGCACGCGGAUCGCCUGCGGCCUCCUCGCCGACAUCUCGGGCCACGUCAUGGUCGCUCAGGCCGGCGGCGACAUCGCCGUGUCCGUCGCCAUCGCCGACGGGCCCCUCGGUCCCGCCGCGGGCGGCGCGCACAUCCACUCCGGCACGACCUGCGCGAGCGCCGACGACGUCGGCGGCCACUACUUCGAGGGCAUGGCCGACGAUCCGUGGACGACGACCUACGACGCCUACGACUCGACGACCGCCGGCGCCGCGACCUUCGACGUCGCCGGCGGCUUCACGCUGAGCGGCGACUCCCCCGUCGAGGGCCGCGCGUUCGUCGUCCACGACGAGGGCGGCGCGCGCGUGGGCUGCGGCGUCCUCUCGGAGCUGUCGCCGACGGCCGCGCCGAGCCCGCUGCCGACGCCCGCGCCGACGGCGCUCGGAGACCCGACGCCGACGCGCGCGCCGACGGCGCUGAACCCCGGCUGGGUCGGCACGUACUUCGCGGAGCUGGCGCCGUAUCCCGGCUACGCCGGCGACGUCGACGUCCAGGGCUACGUCGUCGUCGACCAGAAGCUCUACGAAAACUCCGGCGUGUCGUCGCGCUACGUCGACGGCCGCGGCUGCUACGUCCGCGUCGACGGCCGCCUCUCGAACCUCGAGGCGGGCGCGACGGGCGGGUUCCACGUCCACGCGGGCACGAGCUGCGCGAACGUCACGGCGGCCGGCGACCCCGUCGGCGGCCACUACUACGAGGGCGACUACGUGCGCGACGACCCCUGGACCGUCGUCGAGUGGACGACGUCGAGUUCGUGCGGUCCGGACUGCGACAACGAGGGCGCGGCCUUCGAGUUCGCGUUCGGCCUCGAGACGCUGGGCCGCGCGGUCGUCGUCCACGCGGCGGACGGCACGCGGGUCGCGUGCGGCGUGCUCGGCCGGGGCCUGCCGACGCCCGCGCCCAGCACAUCGGCGCCGACGCCCGCGUCGCCCGCGCCGAACGCCGCGCCCACGGCCGCGCCGACGACGGCGGCGCCGACGACGCGCACGGCCGCGCCGACCGUGCCCAGCGAGACGGCCUACGAGGCGGCGAUGGGUCCCUAUCCCGGCUACGACGGCCCCCUCGACGUCUCCGGCGCCGUCACCUUCACGGUGCAGCGGUACCCCGCCGCCGCGGACCGCCAGACCGCGUCCAUCGGCGCGUACCCGGGCUACGCCGGCGACGUCGCGGUGACGGGGUCCGUCGUCGUCUCCGAGACGGACGGCGGCAUCCAGAUGUGGGGCGCGCUCGCGGGCCUCGAGGCGUCCGUGGCCGGCGGCUUCCACAUCCACAGCGGCACGACCUGCGCGAGCGCCGACGCCGUCGGCGGCCACUACUUCGAGGGCAUGGCCGACGAUCCGUGGACGACGAACUACGAGAGCGACUCCGUCGGCUCGUCUACGACGUCCCUGUCGCUCGACGACUUCACCCUGAACGGCGCCUACCCCGUCGCGGGCCGCGCGGUGGUCGUCCACGCCGCCGACGGCACGCGCGUGGGCUGCGGCGUCCUCGCGUCCGCGGCGCCGACCGUCAAGGUGCUCGGCGAGUUCGUCGACGGCUUCGCGGGCCUCGAGGCGUCCGCCAGCGGCGGCUUCCACAUACACGCGGGCACGACGUGCGCCGACGCGGCCGCCGUCGGCGGCCACUACUACGCGCACACCGCGGGCGCCGUGGACCCCUGGUUCGACACGAAGUACGAGACCGACGCCGACGGCGCGGUCUCCGGGACCGUCGCGGCGUUCGUCGACUUCGACCUGCCCAUCGCCGGCCGCGCCGUCGUCGUCCACGACGCCGCCGGCGCGCGCGUCGCCUGCGGCGUCCUCGAGGCGCUCGGGGACGCCGGCGGCGGCGACGACGACGACGACGGGCCGCCGUGGUCCUCGGCGACGAUCCUCAUCGUCGCCGUCGGCGCCGCGUCGCUCGCGGUCAUCGGCCUCGUGGUCGCCGCCAUGGACGCCGACGACGACUCCGUGGAGAUCGCGUUCCUCGACGACGACGACGACGACGACGAGAGCGACGGCGGCGGCGCCGCCGCGCCCGCCGACGAGGCCGCCGCCGCCGGGGACGCCGGCGACGUGCCCGACGUGGACUUCGGCGACGACGGCGGCUCGGAGUCGAGCGAGGACGAGGGCCCGGCCGGCGGCGUCGCGUCCAUCGGCGCCGUGCUCUCGGCGGCGGUGCGCAAGGAGUUCGAGGGCGUGCCCGCGACGCGCGCCGCGCAGGCGCUCGGCGUCCGCGCGUGGCCGUCCGGCACGGUCUUCGUCAAAGCCUCGAGCGCGACGAUCUUCGCCGCCAAGGACGAGGCGAGCGCCGCCGUCGGGUCCGUGGCGCGCCACGGGCGGGUCCAGGUCGUUUCCACGUUCGGCCUCGAGGGCGCCGUCGACGGCGACGGCCGGCCCCUCGCGCGGGCCGCGCCGCCCGCGGCCGUCGCCUUCGACGGCGACGGCGAGCCCAUCGUCGCCGCCGCGCCCGUCGACGACGGCGACGCGACCUGGGCGACGACGGUCGCGCCCGUCGCGGGCUUCGCGCUCAAAACCAAGCUGCGGCUCCCGGACGAUCUGGACUGCUUCGCGCUCCGCGCGCCGCCCCACUACCGGGCCACGUGGGUGCGCCUCGCGUCGGCCCUCCGCACGGACAACAAGGUCAAGCUGAAGAUCUACGCGGACAAGGGCAAGAAGGCCGCGCUGUCGCAGCCGUCGAUCGAGGGCCACGAGCUCGUGACGCGCGCCGAGGCGCGCAUCAAGUACCACACCUUCGUGCUCUGCUGCGAGGAGUGCGAGAAGUGCACGGACAUCAAGGAGGUGCGCGCCGUCGCCGACAUGCUCGCGGGCCACAAGGACGUCGACGUCGGCCGCGAGCGCGCCGCGCGCGUGCGGAAAAGAGGGGAGACGCUCGCGCACUGCCUCGCGAUCCGCGGCGACGACAGCGACAUCUCCUACGGCGGCCAGGGCUUCUGCGUGAACCCGGACCAGAUCGCCAUGGUCCUCGAGAACGCGCGCGACCUCAAGUUCGAGCCCGCGAUUUUGGAAGCUCUGGAGCGGAAGCGGGAGGCGUGCGCGUGUUUAAAGUCCAAGUGGGACCCGGACUGGGACGACGCGUCGCGCGACCCGGAGCAGGUCAUGCACCAGCUCCACGUCUUCGGCGCCGGCGACAAGCGCGCGAACGGCGAGUACUGCCGCCUCGUCUGCUGCCGCGGCCGCGACCGCCUCGGCGACGACACGCGGCCCGACGAGUGGUGCGAGGCCUUCAACGUCUACGACGAGUGGAACGACGCGCCCGUCUACGUCCACGCGCUCCACAAGAAGAUCAUGCUGCGCCGCGAGAAGAUCAACGGCGGGUCCCGGGGCUGGGCCGUCGUCGAGAACGUCGACGACCGCGCGCACAUCCUGUACGCGUGCUUCACGGACGACCUGAGCCCGCCGUUCCAGAAGCGCGCCUGGCGCGCCUACAAGGGCAGCCCGCCGAACCCCCAGGUGUCGUCGACGACGAUCCAGGAGUUCUGCCUCGCGCGCAAGGCGGAGGGCAACCUCGCGUACGCGGCGUCGCUGGACCCGGACAACCGCUUCCCCUUCGACGAGGCCAUCUCCGCCGAGGAGCUCUACACGGAGGCCGUCGAGAUGUUCCACGACGGCAUGCCCGUGGACCGCGGCCUCAAGAUCUCGCUCUACCUGAACCGCGCGGAGAACCGGCUCACGCGGCUCCAGCCGCUCCACCGCGCCCGGGGCUGGGAGGCGCGCGACGAGAACGAGUGGGAGCGGUCCCAGCGCGACUUCGUCCGCGACGCGCUCCGCGACUGCGACUUCGCGCUCCAGCUCGCGGAGGACUUCGUCGUCGACGACGAGCCGGACGCGCGGCCCUGGGUCAAGCGCGCCAAGGUCAAGGUCGCCCUCGGCGACCUCCUCGGCGCCAAGGCGGACCUCCGGGCCGCGCUGGCCCUCGGCGGCAAGAACCCGAAGAUCCGCCGCACCGCGGCGCUCGUGAACGCGUCCAUCAAGGCCCAGGAGGCCAAGGAGCGCGACUUCUACGGCAAGAUCACCGACCUCUCCGCGCCGGACUUUGGCGGCGGCGUGAACAAGACGCUCGUCAUCGUCGGCGGCGCGUCCAUCGCCAACGCCAAGUACGCGCCGCUGGGCCGGGCCAUCCAGCGCUUCGCUGCGGCGAACAACCUGAGCCUCUGGGUGGCCAUCCCGGCCUUCCCCCUGGACACGCCGAACCCGGCGGCGCUCCCGGCCAAGGUCGAAGAGGCCUAUGCGGCGACGUUUGACGGCUGCGCGCCGGAGGACGUCUUCGUCGCGGGGCACUCGCUCGGGGGCAUCUUCUCCCAGGCCCUCGUCCACGGCUCGUCCUACGCGGGGCUCGUGCUCCUGGGCUCCUACCUCUCGACGGUCUACGGCUACGACGUCGCGUCGUUCCCGAAGCCCGUGCUCACGCUCGGCGGCGAGCUCGACGGGCUGACGCGCGUCACGCGCCUCGCGCGCGAGCUCGCGUCGCUCGAGGCCGCCGCGGCCGCCGGCGGGGAAGGGGCCAAAUUCGACAAGCCCGUGGGCCUCGCGCUCGGCGUGUCCCACUCCCAGUUCGCGUCGGGCGUCAACGUCACGUCCUUCGGCGUCAAGGACCUCCGGCCCGCGGUGACCGAGGGCGCCGCGCACGCGGCGAUCGGCGAGAUCGUCGCCGCGUUCCUCGCGUUCCAGGCCUUCGGCGCCGCCGCGCGGCCCGACGCGCUCGUCGCCCUCGCCGUCGCCGUCGACGAGCUCAACGCGACGCUCGCGCCCUUCCGGGCCGCGGACGACGCGGGCCGGUGCGCGGCGUGGCAGCGGUCGCUCGCGGCGAACGUCUCCGCGGCGUUCGCCGUCGACGAGGACGACGCGGCGUCACUCGCGGGCUUCGACCUCGCGAACCCCGCAAUCGCGGGCGCCGCCGUGCGCGUCGUCUCGCGCGCCGCGGCGCCGCCGAACCCGGCGGACUCGUCGCUCGCGCGCGUCGCCCCGAGCAGCGUCGACUGCAAGGCCCUCCCCGAGGCGUUCCUCCUCGCGCACUUCAACGAGUCGGCCGCCGCGGCGCCGCCGGCCUGCGCCGCGGCGAACGCCGCGGCCCUCGCCGCCGCGCGAGCGCUCCUGGAGGGCACGCGCGCGCUCGACCGCUAG